AUGUACAACAUUCACGACACAGGAUCCUUUCAAGGCUGCAUUGGAAACAUCAACUGUUAUCUCGAAGCCUCAUCACCCCUGUCAGACCUGCCCAAUCCUGUGCAAGAGCGAGCCCAAAAGGAACGCCGAGCCCGUGAGCUUCUGAAAGCCCUCGCUACCAUCCCACACAAUAGCUCGUUCUUCGAGAUGCCGGCCACAACUUCGUGUAUCUCACCAGAGGACCAUGCCGAGCUGGAGGCUCACCUUUGGGAUCUGUCUGCGCUUUUCAAUAGUCGGAUGGUCAUUAAAGCACUAGAGCUGAAGUCGGGAUGGUAUAAUGGGGCGGACAGACUGUGGAACGAUGCUGAACAAAAAGAUCUUGAUUUGUUCACGGCAUUUUGUGUAGCGUUCGAGGACCUCGUGGCGAAGAGGCAUGCCUAUGGUCUAAGAUGGGAAUACCCUGACCGUAUGAAAUACCCUAAAGUCUUUGAGCCCGUCAAGGUGGAGGAUCUAGAAGAAGGUAAGGGGGAUUGCGUUAUUUGCUAUUGCCCUCUAGGCAAGCCGACGGUGCUGGAUGAGGAAACAUGGCAAGAGGAUGCGGUCAAGCUGCCCUGUGGACACAUUUUUGGGAGUAGGUGUUUACAAAAGUGCGAGUUCAAGGACUGGGGCUUUAGUUGUCCGUAUUGUCGGAAGGAGUAUGAGAGGGAGAACUGGUGGUUUCCAAGUAAGGAGCCGAUAGGACCGCGGUAUGAAGAGGUGGACUGGAUCCUGCACGUAGGGGAGUAUCUUGACGUUCUUGAUAAUGCUAGAAUGGAUUUGGAGGACUAUUGA